AUGAAGCUCACCAUCCUCUUUGUGGCUGCGGCUUAUCUAUUGACUACAAGCGCAACGGCCAUCACUGCCCCCGCCGCUUCACUCGCUGUCGCGCGCGAUGACACUGUCAACACUCCUGCUACACAGGCCGGCGCAGCCGUCUCCGUCAACAAAGGCGACAACGAGCCCAACUCCGACGUCCACAUGGCCAUUGGAGGCUGGCCUGGCGGCUCGCAGUGCGGUACUUAUGGCUGCAACUACGGGGUGAACCACUGCGUCGAGGAUUGUGGUAGAGGCCCGCAGUGCAAGCCUUACUGCGAGUGCAAGUUGUACAGCAACCCCAAUUCUCUCUGCCGUACUCAGGGCUGCGUCAAGGCUCCCAAGAACUGUGACAAGUACGACAAGAAGAAGCGUGACGUUGAUGACAAGGUCGUCACGGACAACUCGGGCCCCGUCACGAAGCUGGACUGUGACAACUACGACAAGAAGAAGCGUGACAUUGAUGAUAAGGCCAUUAUGGACAACUUGGACCCCGUCAUGAAGCUGGAUGUAUCUGGCCCGUUCAAUCCUUGCUACGAAUGCAAGAUGGCAUACGACGUUUGCGUGAAGAAGUGCGGUCUAGGUCCGGGUUGUUCCACUAUGUGCAAGUGUCAGCCCAUUGGUCCAAAUUCCACCUGCAAACAAUGCCCGGAAUUGCAAUGCCUCAGUAUCGUUUACAAGCUCCGCCAAGACGCCAAGAUUCUGGGUGACACGUAG